AUGGUGGUACCUCCCCCAUCACUGGUCAAGGACAUCUCCACAAAGAUGAUACUUGGUUAUGGUGUUAAACAAGGUCAGCUCUAUGUGCUUGAAGCUACUCCGCAAGGUGGCCAACAAUUGGAAUGUGUUUCUGCCACAACUACUUCGCAGCAGGCUGAAGAUUCUGUCUGGCUAUGGCAUAGGCGUCUAGGUCAUCUUUCUUUUAAUUAUCUUAGGAAGUUGUUUCCCAGUUUGUUUACUGCUUUCAAUAAAGAUGUGUCCCAAUGCAACAUCUGUGAACUGGCCAAGAGCCACCGAAUUUCUUUUUCUCCAAGUAUAAAUAAAAGUGUUGUUCCUUUUCAAGUUGUGCAUUCUGAUUUAUGGGGCCCUGCCCAAGUUCCUUCUUUCUCUUAA